AUGGCGCCCCCCGGAGAGACGCUCGUGGGGUCGUACACCAUCCACAAGCCCCCAAGGCUCUCCACGGAGGGCCUGCACAGGGUGGCCUCCGACCGGUCGUUCGACCUCAGCAAGGUGACGAUCGACGAUGCCGUCGCCGAGGUGGUGGAGGCCAAGUGCGAGUGCUGCGGCAUGUCGGAGGAGUGCACGCCUCAAUACAUCCGCCGGGUGCGCGACAGGUUCUGCGGGAGGUGGGUAUGCGGGCUGUGCUCGGAGGCGGUGAAGGAGGAGGUGGAGAAGAAGGGUGUGGGGAGGGAGGAGGCCGUGGGCACCCACAUGAGCGUGUGCGCCAGGUUCAACAGUUUCGGCAGGACUUAUCCGGUGCUGUACCAGGCGGAGGCGAUGAGGGAGAUGCUGAAGAGGUCCAACAGCAGGUCCAAAUCCACCAGCCCCAGGGACAAGGCCCACCCCAGGAUGACCCGCAGUUCCAGCUGCUUCCCCGCCAUAGCCAAGGCGAAGAACGGCGGCGCCACCAUCCGUUGA